UGCACAUAUUCUCCUUGUCGAUCUUCUCGGUAAUGGCUUUCAAAGCUAUGCUCAUUCUCUGUGCCUCUCUUCUCCUUAUAACAACUCGGGUCUCAUCCUAUGAUGAACAUGAGCAAGUCGAGAAGAAGCUGGAUCAAAGUGAACGCCGAAGUGUAUUUAGUAUGCCGCUAUAUCGGCGCAUACCACCUGAACCGUCACCGGCACCGCUAAAUCAGCCCGUUACUCCUCUACCAACUGGUUCGCCGUCGCCAGUCACGUGUACACAAGCAACACCACCCGUCAGUCGCCAGUACUAUCAAAGUUUAUUCAGCAUGUCGCUAUAUCCGAACAUUCAUGAUGAGCCUGAACCAUCAUCGUCACCGCUCAGCCAGACCAUUACUACUCCACCAGGGUCGCCGUUGCCAGUCACAUGUGCACGAGCAACGCCGCCAGCAAAGUCGACACCGCCCACUCCCAUUGUGAAAACUAGCCGAGAUUGUGUGCCGUUGUGUGGAGCGAGGUGCAAAGUAGAAACAAAUAAGAAGAUAUGGAGGAGAAUGUGCAUGAAGUGUUGUGACCUGUGCAAAUGUGUUCCGCCGGGACAUUGUGGCACCAACAUGGAUAAGUGCGGCAAGUGCUACAUUGAUAUGGAAGAUCACGGCCAUAAGUGUCCUUGAUUAUCAAUUAACUAAGUAUUUCUCAUCACUACUUAUUAAUUAAGGCUAUGUUGUCGAUUGGUCAUUAAUAAAAGUAUACAUAUGAGACUUGAGAUUGUGUAUG